CUCUCUCUCUCUCUCUCUCCAGCUCUACGAUCCGUAAUGCCUUCCUGCUGCUGCUGGUGACCACGUCCACCUGGCUGUGUGGCCUGAUGGCCGUCAACAACAGCAUCCUGGCCUUCCACUACAUCUUCGACGUGCUCUGCCUCGUGCAGGGUCUGUCUGUGCUGCUGGUGUUCACGGUUCUGAACAGCGAGGUCCAGGAGGCCUGGAGGGCGGUGUGUCUGGGCAAGAAGAGUCCCGGGGAGGACCCCCCGAGACCUCCCCAGCCUGCCGGUCAGAACCCCUACAACAACGCGUCCCUCCUGGAGCAGAGCGGUUUGCAGCGCAUCACCCUGGGAACCUCCACCGUCUCCUCCGUCAGCUCCGCCAGGGAGAACCUCCUGGCCCGGCAGACCCUGGAGCAGAACAUCGGUCUCACGGGGGCCACCGACCUGGACGUGGCCAUGUUCCACCGAGACGGAGGUACACGGCCGCACACACGUGAGGACUCUGACUCUGACUCUGACCUCUCCCUUGACGAGGAGCGUAGUCUCUCCAUCCCGUCGUCCGAGAGUGAGGACAACGUGCGUCUCCGCGGACGCAUUCAGCGUCGCUUCAAACGCUCCAAUCACAGAGAGCGACUGCUCACAGAGCCCGCCCAGAACGGCACCAAAGACCUGGACGGCAACGACCUGCUGUCCUAUUGGCCCGCCCUGGAGGAGAGUGACAACCGCAGCCUGCAGAAGUGGGGCUCGGAGCGCCCUCUGGGGGCCGACUACAGUAAGGACGCCGCCAACAACAACCAGCCCGACGCCUCGCUCACUAGCGGGGACGAGAGCGGCCUCACGCAGCCAGGCAGGCACCGCAAGGGUAUCCUGAAGAACCGUGUGGGCUGCCCCCCAGCCCUGCAGGGCCGCGGCCCCAGCGAGCUCAACUGGUACCGGACCUCCACGCUGGGCCACCGCGGCGUGCCGGCCGCCUCCUACGGCCGCAUGUACUCCCACGCCACGGGCUCGGCCGGCGGUGGCAGCGGGGGCGGCGGCGGUGGCGGCGGGGGGGGCAGCGGCUCCCUCUCGCAGCCCGCCUCGCGCUACUCGUCCCGGGAGCACCUUGACUCCCUGGCCCGCCGCCAGCUGACCCGGGACCCGCUGGGCCGGCCCACGGUGGGUGGGUCGCGGGACCGCCUGGACUCCCGCGGGUCCCGGGACAACCUGGACCUGCUGCCCCGGCGUAGGGAGCUGGGCCCGGGGGGCGGCGGCGGAGCGGGGCCAGACCACCAGCGGGUGUCGUCCUCCAGGGAGAACCUGGCGGGGUCCCGGGACCGGCUGGACUACCCGCCCCACGCGGGCAGCGCCCACGCCUCGCGGGAGGACCUGAGCGGGGGCGGCGGGGAGGGCUACCUGGGGGGGUCCCGCUCGCAGCUCAACACGCUGACCCGGCGGCAGGCCACGUCCCGGGAGCACCUGGCGGCGGGCGGGGGGGCGCUGGUCAGCAGCCGGUCCCGGGAGCAGCUGGAGACCAACGGAGGAGGAGGAGGAGGGGGGGGAGGGGCCCAGCCCUGCCGGGAGUGGCUCCGCACGCUGCCCCCCCGCCAGCCCUCGCACCCGGACCAGCCCCCCGCGUCGCCGCCCCCCCCCAUCUCGGAGGAGCCCCAGCAGGAGCAGCCCUCCGCCCCGGGGGCCCCCCGCGGCCGGGCCCCCCCCCCCUCGUAGCCAACAGAAGCGAAGGCCAGUCCUGAUGACCGCCUCCAAAUCCCAUGAUGCAGUGUGCCUGAGUCACCAGGGCUAGGGACAAAGGUGACGGAUCGACUCUGGGUUACCGGAGCUCUGAUUUCCGAUGGGGUCAAGGGUGACCGAGUGAUUUGCGGGAACAUACAAUGUCAAAAAAAAAUCAGCGUCUCUAAGGCUUUCGGUUUGGUUUAUCGUUUUUUUUCAAAAGGAUGCAACUAUGAUGGGCUGAUUGUAUAGAUUGAGUUUUGGGGGUUUUUCGUCACAAAUUCCUUGCAAGGGUUGAGUCUUACUGAUGAAUAUGGUGCCAUGUUGCCAUGGUGACCGCCUCUUCUACCUGGAGAGUGUGUCUGAGUGGAUUUUGACGGAACAAAAAAAAACAACAGACUGAUCUCCAAAACAUACGCCCCGAAACAUGGAAAAAAGAAAGAAGGGGCAAAGAAGAGGGGUAAAACUGUACAUAACAUUUUUAUACAUUUUGUAUUUUUUUCAUUGGAGAUUAAGGAAAAGAUGAAAACUACUUGUGAUGUUUUUUGAAGAUUUAUGUCCAUGUGUGGAUGUAUGUGAGGCGACUGGAUGAAGAAGAAUAUCAUUUAUUGCUGAAAAUAGAAAUUCACAAACCCAACCCCGCCCCAAUCCGCCACACACCCACCACCACCAAUAGUUUUAUUCAUUUCCCGUUUGCUCUCUUUCCCCGAUCAUUACCUUUGUGUAUAAAACGUAGGAACAGGGGGCCGGCGACUGUGAUUGAAUGAGAUUAACAGGAAGUGAUUUGAAAGAAGUGAUUGUAGAUACAGAGAGGAAUUCUAAAAAAAAACAGAAUCGACGGCACGAAACGAUUGUGCCAGGACAGACGGUUGAUGGUAAGAUGGCAAGGCCGAAAGAGAGCGCCCAUUUUGGUUCCUGCUGGGUCGAGGACUGAGACAAAAGGUCAUGUUCUCGACAAACUGUGCUGUUGUUUUUCGGGAACCCCAACACCUACUGGAGGUGAAUGUUUCCUUCGUCCUAGUAAAUUUUGUCUCUUUUUUAUUUUUUCUGUGCCUGGUGCUGUUUCAAACCAUAUCAGUUAUAGGAAGAAAACAAUCGAUUUGGAUCUAGAAGUGUUUCUGGAACCUUAUAGAACUUUCCAGACCUGCAGUUAGAGGCGUGAGGUCCUUCCGGCUCCGUGGGCAACAGGUGUAUAUCCGUUUACAACCGCAGAAGGUAUCUUCAAACCAAUCCAGGUAUUACACACACUUUGCUGAAUCCCAUCUCAACCUGCCUCAAAAAAAACUACCCUUGCACCCUUUGGAGCUGGACGAAUCUCCCGCCAAAACGCAGGCAGACACACUUACUAAAGCUCCGUGCUCACGACCAAACCUAAGCCAAAGGAUUCAUGUUUUCAAUCCCUAUUUUGUAAUUCCGAUGAUUCUCUCCGACAUCGUUUGUAAGCAGAAGAACCUCAUUUUAUUUGUUAUUGUCUAUACCAGAGUAUUGCAUUGAAUCUUAAUGCAGUUAUUUAUUUAUUUAUAAAUGUAUCAUUUAUUUAUUUAUUCCUUUUGUGAUGUAUUAUUUAAUGUGCCAUAGAAGCGUUCAAUAAACUGGUCUCCGGGUUCAUGCACGUUCAGCUCAAAGCGUUGGGUUUUGUUCAACCGACGCUGACUUGGCACUUAAGACCUCUCUUUGUUCUAUCUGCAACCCUGAAACCUUUGGUGAUUGGUUUUAGGUAUAUCCAUUUGUCUGGUAGGAUGAGUUGACUUCCCCUGUCCAAAACCGUGUUUAAAACCCAUGACGUGUUUUACCAACAUAAGAAAAAACAGCCAAUCUUAAACCAACGACAUCAACAGCUUUUUGUUUGUUUUGAAUUCCACGACAUCACAAGGAAAACCCAUUUCAUCUGGGCCGCGGACAAACUCCAAGCUUGUCUCUCUGUCACAGUCAGAUGUGUCCCCACUAAAAGCGUCCUAAGUGCUUUCAGGACCCAGAUGUGUUUAAUGUUUAAUGUGCACGCGCCAGCUGCUCCCAGGCCCAGCACCGCUGCUGAUUGGACUGCUGUGCGCGUGUCAUAGGAUGUCAACAACCAAUCAGAGGGGGAUGUCAGAGGGGGAUGUCAACAACCUAUCAGAACCAUGUACAAACAACUGAUCUUAAACAUGGAUUUUACAUUGACAUUGGGUGAACAAAUCUUUUUUUUUUUUUUUACUUUGAUGGAAACUGUACACCUUCAAAGGAGAUUGAUUGGCUCACAAACAUUCAACAACUAAUAUUUCAUCAUGCAAACUAUUUUGUAUUUUAUCCUGACUCAAAAUAAUUUACCUGGAAAAUAAAUAAGAAAAAUGACAGCACAGAAUACCAAACCGUAUAAAAUGCAGAAACAUAGACGGGCUGUGUUUGAAUUUGAAAAAGAAAAGCAAAUCAAUGUUCAAAGGAUGAGGAUUAGGGGAAAGAAGAAGGGUGAACGUGCAUCAAUUCCCAUUAACUGCUGUGCCAGGGUUGGGAGGGGCUCGAUUACUGUCUGUCAUUCCUCCUGUCAAGGUAUUCCACUUCCUUGACACAACUUUCCCGUUCAUCCAUCCCCACCCUCAUUCAGCUGAUCUAGUGGUAAGUUAACCUCCUUCUUGUACAGACAUGAGAUUUAUUUUAUUGAUCCAUUCAUUAUUUACCUGGGGGUUUUAUCGAUUCAAAAUGGCCGUCCAUGGCUGUCUGUUUGAAAUGUGAGCACUGGACAUCUCUGUUCGAUUUGUUUGUUUUUUUGACGUGAUGUUUUGUAUGACCUCCUGUCCAAUGAGAUGAAAGAUCACUCUGGGACAAAUCCUUUAAAAAAAAUGUAACAACAAUCCCUUUACAGUUGUGUCUGAUUCAAAUGUAUCUUAAAGUGGUUGAUAUAACCCAUGGUCCUCUAUGCAGUCUACAACUUUUGUCUAAAUGCAUACUACUAUACUUAAUGUAGGCCUAUAAGAUGCUUAUUCGUCCCUGUAAUCCAACAUUUUAUGACGCCACAAACCUAACCCUUUAUGCAAGAGGUUUGGCAUUGACGAUAGACGGAUUUCACCCGUGUCUUUCCACUGUGUAAACACAGCCUUUACUGGAUAUGGAUAGUUGGGACUUGUAUAUCGAAAAUAUAGUAAAGUGAAAAUGUCUGGUUUGGUCCAGUUAACAUUGAAUAGAGUGAGGCGAUUUAGUUGUCUACUAAAUGACUGAAUAGACACUAAGGGAUGAAGUUGUAUUUUGGAUUUGAACCUUGGGUUGGAGUGGGGUGGAUUGCAGGAGACAUGAAAGCUUGGGAGACUGUCUUUGUUCGUUGCGUCUGUUCAUUUUGGGAUAUCGUCAUUCUCACUGUCGGGAUGGGGAUGUUGUCACGGAAACAACUGUUCCUGAGAUGUUCACCACGAAAAAACAUGAAGAAAUGUUGGCUCAUUAAAAGAAAACUAAAACUAA